GUGUUUUUGUUGAUGCUGUAAAUUCCAUGGGCCAAACUUCUCUCUUCACUGCUGCUUUGCUAGGUCUUGAAAAAAUAGUAGAUGUGCUGUUGGAUUAUGGCUCAGACGCUAACCAUCGCUGUUAUGAUGGCAGCACCCCAGUCCAUGCAGCUGCUUUCUCAGGAAAUCAGUGGAUUCUUAGCAAGAUAUUGGAUGAAGGAGGUGAUCUGAGAGUACACGAUAAAGAUGGAAGAAAUCCACAGUACUGGGCUAUGUCAGCUGGAGAAGAAAGGAGUGCUCAGAUCCUGGAAUUUAUACAGCGUUGUACAUUCCAUAUGCAGGCUGCCAUUCAAAAUUUUCCCUCUGACCUACUCCGAAAGGCUGGCUCAUCAAAACCAGUGGUCUGCAGUCUAUCUAGGUUUGGUGGUCUUGUUCAAGAGAAUGUUGACAGUCCUCUGGGUAGAUUUCUGAAAGGUGGAGCUAAUGCCAAGAACACGUACAGCUUUGGUUUUGGGAAGUCUUGUCUUGCAGGCAGCGGGCAUCUAGGAUACUUGACAUCUCUCCCUAUUAUUGGGGAAAAAGACAUAGUUCAGGCAGAUGAUGAACCAACGUUUUCUUACCACGUUGGACCAUACAUGAUCAUGACAAACUUAAUGUGGGGAGGCAGCAGAGUUACAGUGAAGGAACUCAGCUUUGAGCCCCAUCAGAACUGUAGUAAACUAUGCUUAGCUGAUCUUCUCAUUGCAGAGCAGGAACGCAGUAGUAAACUCCGUCAUUCUCAUCUGCUACAGUUGAUGUCUGUUUGUCUGUCUAGUGACUUGGAGAAAACCCGUUUAGUGUAUGAAAGAGUUAACUUCGGUUCUCUGUACAGCAUCCUUCAUGAAAGGCGUACAGAAUUCCCAGUUCUGCACAUGGAGACGAUUUUGCAUGUGCUGCUUCAAAUUAAUGAAGCUUUGCGUUUCCUACACUUCCGGGGAUUUAUCCACCGUUCAGUUACCUCCUAUGCUAUUCAAAUUGUUUCUUCUGGUGAGGCAAAGCUGUGCAACUUGGAAUACAUGAUAGAGAGCAAAGAUGGUGGAGAACACAGUGACCUGACGCGUAUUCCUGUCCCAGUCCAGCUGUAUAAAUGGUGCUCUCCUGAAGUCAUCCUUGAAAAAGUUGUCACAGUCAAAUCGGAUAUUUACAGCUUCUGUACAGUAAUGCAGGAGGCCUUGACAGAGACCCCUCCUUGGAAAGGUCUUGAAGACUCAGUUAUUAAACAGCUCAUGAUUUCAGGACAACAGUUAGAAGCAGAUGUCAGACUUCCUGUGCCCUAUUAUGAUAUUGUAAAGUCAGGGCUAGAACCUAAACAGCACUACCGCUCCAUAAAACUUCAGGAUAUUCAAUAUAUACUGAAAAAUGACUUGAAGGACUUACUUAAGUCUCAAACUGGUCAUGCUGAUGAAAUGUCAAAAGCACAACGACCCGCUUAUUUUGCAGAUGUGAACAUCUGUUUGGCAUCAGCUUUUAGCUACCAGAAGAGAACACGGGAGUUGCAGGGAAAAGAGAUAACCCAGGCUGGUGACUUUACUGCCCCGAAAUACUAUCUUUUCCCUGAGGAGAAUAGUGCUUUAGUGGACCAUGAGGUAUCAACCAGUCUACAACCAGUUGCACGGGACAAAAAUCAUGAUGUAGCUUCUGAACUCCAGGCAACCCUAAGUGUCAGUGAUGUCGAUGACAGCCUCCGUAGCUUUGAAAUAAAUGAAAUGUUUGCCAGUUCUCCAGAACUUCACGAAGACUUCCCAGAAGAAGUAGCUGGAUUAGGUCAAACUCCAAAGGGUGAAAAGCAGUGGCAAAAGGAAGAAGAUAAGGCUGCCCUCGGAGACCUGUUUGCAUCCCCUGGAAUGCAGUGUGAGGAAAAGCCAGUUUAUGAGGAGGGUAGCUUUUCAGAAUCAAGUACGGAGUACACUACAGAAGAGUUGGAGACGAUAAGUGAGGAAGAGGUGAGAGGAGAUGCUGGGAGAAGAAUGAGUUGCCCGUCCCAAAGCGAGCAGCUCAUCACUAAGUGUAUCCUUGAUGUAAAGAUUAUGCAAAGCAUGUUGCAGCAGGCAGUAGGUCCUCUGUGCCAAACAGAGAAGAAACUGAAUGACUUAGAGGCUGCUGAAAAACAAAAGCUGCUGUGGGAAACCACGACGAGUCAGUCUUCUAAGCAAAUUUUUCAAGACAGACACUGGAACAGAUCUGAUGAUAAUUCCCAAAAUACCAAUAACGUGUUUUCUGGAGUUAAUACUUUUCUGUGGAAGGCUAUAGGUCCACCAUCAAGAGACUAUAUUCCACCACUGGUAAUAUGUCAAGGAACACUGAGUAGGGAGAGUUUUGAAGUUAUUUCAAAGACACCAAAGGAAAUGGAGGCAAUUCAAAAUGAAAAAUGGAAGUGCUUUCGUGAUACGAGUGAGAGUAAAAAUGAAAACAACCAUCAUGAUCUCAGCUUCAGUGUCACGAAAAACCUGGAUGAUCAAAUGAACGUAGACCAUGAGGUAAAUCAGUGUUUACUCCCACAUGUAUCUGUAAGAUGCAAAAAAAAGUUCAACUCGCAGUGUCAGAGAGGAGGUGAUUCAGAUUCUGCUGCAAGUGGAAGUGAAAAAGAGAGGUGGUGCUAUGCAAAAUCAAGAUCUGAAAUUUCCAGUAUAAAAAUAAACAAGGAGAGAAGGAUGAUGCAAUCAGAAUGGAGGACUGAAGUAAAGCAAAUGGCCAGAAGAGUGGCCUCAGGACAACUAGAACUUGGCUGUGCGUAUCCAGCUGGUGAAUGUACAUCCGAAAGUGAAGCAGAGGGUAAAAUGGAAGCCUUUCCACAUGUCACUGUUAGAGCCCAAAAGAGUCAAGACCAACAAAGAUACAAGUGGCAGACAGGUGGUAAUAUUGAGCUUUGGAGUCUGGACAGUGAGGAUAGAUCUGAAUCUGAGGAGAGUGAUCUGGAGCCUGCAUGCAUAAGUUCUGGAGGGAGAAGUUGCCAGUCGCUGUCACAAGGUGAACAAUCAGAGUCUGGAAUAGCCAUUCAUAAGAAUUCAGGCCUUCCUCAACAAGUUGAGAAUCUCUCUAGAGGACAUUCAAGGGAAUUAUGUCAUUCCCUUGAUUCAUCUUCUGAUGUGUCUGAAGAAUUCUUGACUGCUCAUGCUCAGAGAAGGUCAGAACUAGAGGCCUUAGAUGCUGAGGAUGAAUCUGAAGAUGCUCGUGAAGGAUUUUUACAGAAACAGGUACCUGAAGAAGCAGGAUCAGCUAUUCAGGUUUCAGUGCCAUUCUGCAGCACAGCAGUGCAGAACUCCGGCAGUAGCGCGCUAGGAGUGAAUCAGCUGAGCCGUGUGCCUGUCGCCAGUGUUGAAGUAGCACGAGAAGAGAUACAGUGGGAGCCACAGGAAGAAUGCAAAGAAAAAGAUGUAUCAGUGACAGAUAUUCAGGAUUUGUCGAGUAUCUGCUAUGAACAAGAGAACUACCACAGGGGUGUCGACUGUAAAACACCCAGAGUGAGGCGUGCACCAACCAGCGUCAGCACUCCACUCAGCUCAGAUAAAAAAACUCCAGCAGCCUUUAACAAAUACAAACACUGCCAUGUUUCAGAUUCUUCCUUUUGUGGUUCUCAAGAGAUCUCUGCCGUGUGCAGGACAUUCACUACAGCCUAUGAAGAGGGAGAGAACACUGAAAUUCCCGCUGUUGCUUCAGGAGUUUGCCCAUCCGAAUUGAAUGAGCCUGAUGCGUUGCCAGUAGUUGCUGCAUCCUUGAGAAGCACCAGGAAGGCAUCUGCACUCUCACAGGCAUCUAACUACUUCAUUGAUGAGCUGCCUCCACCAGCCCAAGAGCUGCUGGAUGAAAUUGAAUAUUUAAAGCAGCAAGAUUCCAUCACUCAGGACUUUAAAGAGAAGGAAUUGUGUGACUGCGGAGUACAUAUAAAUGUUCCUGAUGAAAUUAAAAUGGAAGACAGAGAGUCAGAAAAAGAAUAUGAGAGAAAUGAGAAGAGAAAUCAUAGUUUAUGGACUAAGGAGUCAUUUAAUCUAGCAGAGGAAACAGAAAGGGCUCACUCUACUCUUGAUGAUAUGUUAGAAAGCAUGCUCCAUGCCCUUCCUGGAGAUGAGGAGAUCCGAGGACAACCUCAGGGACACACUCUUGGGGCUGCAAGCCUGCAAGAUCCAGAAGAUGCAAGGAAGAAGGGAGUGGAGGAAAGCUGGAGUCGAAGCCAGAGGCAGAGCAACACAAAGCUGUGCAGGGAGUUCAGAAGGUCCUCGGCAUUUCUGGGCACCCAAAGUUCGAAAUGUCUCAAAUCACUAGUUACUUUUGGAAAUGUUGGUGGCACACAUCCUGAAGAUCAGAAACUCCACUUACAGUAACAGCUGUCGUCGUCUUCUCCAUUCAGUGCUUUUGUGACUAGCAUUGAACUGAUUUGA